AGAAUGUUUUGGCACUUGACGAGAAUACUCGUUUUACUCGGUUGUUUGCAAGGCGUUCUAGCCAUUGAGCAUGAUUCAAUAUGUACGGCGGAUGAUAUUUGCCCGGAGCCAAGUCACACAAUUAUGAGACUUCGCGAGAAAAAUGACAAAAAAGCUCAUUCAAUUGCCAAAAAGCACGGUUUGGAAAUUAAAGGUAAGCCAUUUCUUGACGGUACAUAUUAUUUUGUUGUUCAUUCAUCAGAGAAACGUUCAAGACGGCAAAAGCGUGAAAUAAUUUCAAAGUUGCAAGAGCAUCCUGAUAUUCUAUUAAUCGAAGAACAAAGGCCGAGGGUAAGACGAAAACGUGAUUUUUUAUACUCGGAUGCCGUUUCUGAACCUGAUAAUGGUUCCAUUAAUGUUGUAAGGCAUGCUACGUCGAUAGCUAAUGCGCAACAGCGAAUUAAUUCCAUACAACGUGAUGUGCCUGUUUUACCAUUUCCAGAUCCGUUGUAUAAGGAACAGUGGUAUUUUAACAAUGGUGCACAGGGAGGGUUUGAUAUGAAUGUGCAGGCUGCAUGGUUAUUAGGUUAUGCUGGUCGUAAUGUAUCCGUUUCGAUAUUGGAUGAUGGUAUCCAGCGAGAUCAUCCGGAUCUGGCGGCGAAUUACGAUCCACUGGCAAGUACGGAUAUUAACGGUCAUGAUGAUGAUCCAACUCCGCAAGAUGAUGGUGACAAUAAGCAUGGUACACGAUGUGCGGGUGAAGUUGCAUCAGUUGCUGGGAAUGUAUACUGCGGUGUCGGUGUCGCAUUUCAUGCAAAAAUCGGAGGUGUACGGAUGCUGGAUGGUCCUGUGAGCGAUAGUGUUGAAGCGGCAAGUCUCUCUCUUAAUCGUCAUCACAUCGAUAUUUAUUCGGCGAGUUGGGGUCCUGAAGAUGAUGGAAGAACGUUUGAUGGUCCUGGACCGUUAGCUCGAGAGGCGUUUUACCACGGUGUCAGGGUAGGACGUGAUGGCAAAGGAAGCAUUUUUGUUUGGGCCAGUGGUAAUGGUGGCUCAAGGCAAGAUAGCUGCUCGGCUGAUGGUUACACGACAUCUGUUUACACUCUUAGUGUUAGUUCGGCGACAAUUGAUAAUCGCAGCCCAUGGUACCUGGAAGAGUGUCCAUCAACCAUAGCUACAACAUACAGCAGCGCGAACAUGAAUCAACCAGCUGUUGUAACAGUUGAUGUACCACACGGUUGCACUCGUUCGCAUACGGGUACUAGUGCAUCUGCGCCACUUGCAGCAGGUAUUAUUGCAUUGGCAUUGGAAGCAAAUCAAAAUUUAACAUGGCGCGACAUGCAACAUAUUGUAUUGCGAACAGCCAAUCCAGUGCCACUGCUAAAUAAUCCAGGCUGGGUGAUAAAUGGGGCCGGACGGCUAUUCAACAGCAAAUUUGGUUAUGGGUUAAUGGAUGCCGGAGCAUUGGUAAAGCUUGCAUUGAUCUGGAAAACAGUACCAGAACAACAUAUCUGUACAUAUGAAUAUAAGCUGGAAAAGCCAAAUCCGAGGCCAAUAACGGGUAGUUUUCAAAUGAAUUUUUCAUUGGAAGUAGGUGGUUGUGAAUCUGGUACACCAGUUCUCUACCUCGAGCAUGUACAAGUUUUGGCAACAUUUCGUUUUGGAAAACGAGGUGAUCUGAAACUCACGCUAUUUUCGCCACGUGGUACUUCCUCUGUAUUACUUCCACCUCGUCCUCAGGAUUUCAAUUCGAAUGGUAUCCAUAAGUGGCCCUUCUUAUCCGUCCAAACAUGGGGUGAAGACCCUCGUGGGAUGUGGACUUUGAUGGUAGAAUCUGUGAGCACGAAUAGGAAUACUGGAGGAACAUUCCAUGAUUGGUCGCUGUUGCUGUAUGGUACGGCAGAUCCAGCUCAACCAAAUGAUCCUCGACAUCCCUCAAAUUUACCAUCCUCUGGUUCAAUUGAGUCCCCAUUUGAUCGAAUAACUGAACAUAUAGCAUCACAGGAGGUGAUGGUAGCUUUUACCAAAGAACUUAAUUGCUUAUGCACAGGUGCACAGCGGAGCUUGUAG